AUGGAAGUGCCAUGCUACAUGCCCAAACUGCUGUUUGAGCUCAAUGAGCAGCGCAAGCGGGACUUCUUCUGUGACUGCAGCAUCCUCGUUGAAGGCCGUGUCUUCAAAGCCCAUCGCAAUGUGCUGUUUGCUGGCAGCGGCUAUUUCCGGGCUCUUCUGGUUCACUAUCUGCAGGAUAAUGGACAGCGCUACAGCACAGCAUCAUUGGACAUCGUGACAGCCGAUGCCUUCUCUAUUAUCCUGGACUUCCUCUACUCUGGCCGCUUGGCCCUGAACAGAAGCAACGUCAUUGAGGUGAUGUCGGCAGCCAGCUACCUGCAGAUGACAGAUCUGGUCAACUUCUGUAAGGUAUACAUCCGCUCCUCGUUGGAAAUCUGCAACAAGGAGAAGGAGAGGUACAUGGAGAAGGAGAACCAGGCGCAGGAUGGAGGGAUGGCCCCUGCAGACAGCGGCACUACUGCUGCGACUACCUCCAGCGGUGCAGAGGCUGCUGAGCCUCGUUCACGGGUGGCAGAGGCAGAUAGGGGGUCGGGUUCAGGUCCGGAGUCUGUGACCUCGGCUAGAACCCCCUUGUCUAUCCCUGUCACCACAACUCCAGGCACCAGCAUGGACAGCCACUACCACUCCAGGGAGGAAUUUGGAGGUGGGAGUGAAGAGCAGAAAGGACACAUGGAUCAAACUAACCUCUCUUCUUCUUCAUCGUCUGCCUUAACCCCGGAGUUAGUGAACCCCAAGAUAGAGUACGACCCUGAUGAGGAGCUUAUAGAGUCCCCUGACACCAAAGACCUGGCCUCAUACCCUGGGCCCUCUCUCCAUAACCCUCAUCAUAGCAGACUACUUCCCCCAAGUCCAUCUCCCUCCAAUGAGCGCUCUCCCUUGGGAUACAGCCCUUCCUUUAAUACCAGGCAGCUGAUGGAGAUAUUAGCCCGGGGUGAAGGCCCCAGUCCCCUGGGGGACAGAGUGGGACAGCGUUUUAACCCGGGACUAGGUAGCAGCACAGGAGGAGGCCGAAUGGAUGAAAGUUUAGGGUUUGUGGGAUCAUCUAUCAUGGAGAUCCAGUCUGAUUGGCUUGGAGAGGACACAGGUGAUGGUCUGGUAGUGCCAGUGAAACUCCACAAGUGUCCGUUCUGUCCGUACACGGCCAAGCAGAAGGGAAUCAUGAAGAGACACAUCCGCUGCCACACCGGGGAGAGGCCCUUCCCCUGCCCCAUGUGUGGCAAGAGGUUCACCAGACAGGAGCACCUUCGCAGCCACGCCCUCAGUGUCCACAGACACUACUGGCCAGUGUCAUGUAAGAGCUGCAGGAGAACCUUCACUGGAUCCAGCGUCUCACCGGGACUCAGGCGCUUCGGUAUCUGCGACAGCUGCAAUUGCGUGACCACGACUCACGACGAUUCCGCCCCUGUUCACCCCGCCAGCCAACCGGAGCCCAUUGAACGUGCAGACGGGAGUACGGAUUGGUCCAGUUUUAUGGACGACGUGGACGAGGUGGAGGUUGGCAGAGUGGAGGACUUGGUAGAGAAACAGAUGCUUGAAAGGCAGCUGGCUGUCUGCGAUGAUGUAGGUCACACACUGUGAAUCUGUAGCCUGCUGUACUCAGAGAGGAGAACCAUUCCAUGAACCGUUCUACUGUUCGGGUGAACCCAUGCCAUACUGUUAUUUAUCUUAAACUGUUACUGUAAAAUGACUUCAUCUAUUGAAUCAUUUGUAUCCAGAACAGUUUUGACUGUUCUUUUGCUCGCCAACAAAUACUGUAGAUUGUGUUUUUUGAAAUCAUAAAUGUAGUCCUUAGUUUUCUGCAUAAGCCUUCGCACAGUUGAUCUAAUCACAACGUCUCCGUAUGUGCUGCACAUGAAAAGAAUGUGGCCGUCACAGCUGUAGUUUUCUGGAUUUUUCUUGACACAAGUAGUAGGUGAGAAGGUUGUUGAAAUAAAUGUGUCUGUAAUUUUGUACAUAUUUCUCUAUAUUAGACUUUGUAUAUAUGUACAUGUACAUACUUUCUUAUCUGCAGAUAUAUGCACAUUCCCCUGCUGCUUGUCAUGUAUUUGCAUCAGAUGAUCAACCUAAGUGUUGAUAUACAGACAGUGCCUGUUGACGCCCUCUAGUGGAGAAACAGAGUUAGGGUUAUACAUUAGGAGGCUCGGAGGGCAAUCAGAAGCUCUCUUAAUGCUCUCAGCAGUUGAUUAUCUGGUUACAAUGUACACAAAUCUAUUGUAUUUGUACCUGAGCUUGUUGUUUGACUGCAGCAAGUCAGUGUUUGAGAGUUGAUGCAAAAGCACUGACAACAGCUGACAGCAGUACAGUGAAUAAAGAGUUCAGCUGAAAUACUUUUUA